AUGGAAAAGUCGAAAAACUUCCGGAUCGACGCCCUGCUGGCUGAAGAGCCUCCCCGGGCGGUACCGAGCUCCUCUCCUCCGGUCCUGAGCCCCAGUUCGGUGCCUGAGAGUUCCGCGGGGAGCCCCGGCUCCUGUAUCCGCACCGAGACGCCUUCUCCCCGGGGGAAAGGGGCCGGUUUACCGCUGGCCAGCAGCAGCAGCAGCAUCAUCCCCAAACCGGGUUUGCUGAACCUGCAGCCCCCGGGGCUGGGCUCCCUGUCCCACGCUGCUAUGUACGGUCACCCGGUGUACACUUACCCGGGGCUGGGAGCGCAGCACCCGGCGCUGACUUACGGCGCCUUCCCGCAGUUACCGCACCCGCAUCCCGAGCAACUGAAAGCGGCUGCGGCGGCUGCGGCUGCUGGAUCGUUCCAGUUAGAUCACUGGCUCCGGGCUCAAGCUGCAGGAAUGAUCAUACCGAGACUACCCGACUACAGCACUCAGUCUCAGCCAGGACUGAUGGGGAAAUGCCGCCGGCCUCGGACUGCAUUCACCAGUCAACAACUCCUGGAGCUGGAGAAUCAAUUCAAACUCAACAAAUACCUGUCUCGGCCAAAACGCUUCGAGGUGGCCACAUCCCUCAUGUUGACCGAAACCCAGGUGAAGAUUUGGUUCCAGAACCGAAGGAUGAAGUGGAAAAGGAGUCGGAAAGCCAAGGAGCAGGCAGCGCAGGAGGCAGAGAAGCAGCGAGCUGGGAAAUACUUAGACAAGGCAGCGGGGAGUGAGAGCAGGUCGGAGUCAGAGAGUGUGGAUUUCAACAGCCACAGCACAAAGUUCCUGCAGUGUAGCACAGAAUUAGGCUACUCUUCCAACAGCUCUUGCUCAGAAGACGAAGUAUCUCGGAAGGAGGUGCAAAUCGCGUCAACUUUGUGAACCGAGUUGGGUGCAAACUUGGUGCAACUCCCCAAACUUUGUUCCUUUUCCCCCCGGUCUCAAAAAAAAAGUUGCAACACUGGGCCUUAGUGACUGCCCUGUUCAUCUCUUUCACUCCCUCUCUCCCUCGGUCCUGGUCCUGCAAACAUACUGGGAUUAGUUUUUAAUUUAGUGAAGAGGAAGAGGCCAAAGACUUCCAAGAUGUCUUCAAACACAAAGAAACUGAACAAACAAAAUGUUGAAGCAGCACCUGAUUAGCUGGGCACUUGAAGAUUAUAUUGUACUGAAUCAGUUAAUUUAAUUUAUUUUUUAUUUUUGUCAUAUUUAAUGUGAAUUAUUCUUUAUAUUAUAUUUUGGAAAGAAAUCUCUGGCUCCACUAAAGGUUGCUGUUUUGAAAGUUCGAAGGGACAAAAACCAGGAGUGCUAAAUAAAACAAAACUGGGACACUUAGAAAGCGGUGGAAGAUCUUGAAAAAAGGGGAGAAACAGGACAAUUUCAAAGACAUUGUCAUAUGUUUUUCUUAAUUUAUUCAAAUACUGUGAACUUUAAUGUUAAUUGGCCCAGUACAUUUCUCUACUUCUGUUUUACAUUAUCCUGCAUCCAGAAGAAAAAAAAGUGCUGGCAGAUAUUAUAGAGUAAAAAACAUGGGUGUGUGUCUGUGUGCGUGUGUGCACCAUCGCAAGUGUGUCUACACGCAGGAGUGUACAAUGUGUGUACAUGCACAUGCAUGUACAUCUGUGUGUGUGUGAGUGUGUAAGGAUCUGUGUUUCUCUUUUAGCAGCUGCACUAGGGUAAGGGUAUCAGCGAUUCGGAGCUCUUAACAGUAAAAUAAAAGUCUCCUUCAUGAUUUGAUCUGAACCAGCCACAGUCCCUCUGUGGAAUGGCAAA